AUGGAAGCCCCACUCCAAGUGUGGGCAGGGUGAGUGGAAAGGUACAGCAGGUUUAUGGUAGAAUCAUAGAAUCAUAGAGUUGGAAGAGACCACAAGGGCCAUCGAGUCCAACCCCCUGCCAAGCAGGAAACACCAUCAGAGCACUCCUGACAUAUGGUUGUCAAGCCUCUGCUUAAAGACCUCCAAAGAAGGAGACUCCACCACACUCCUUGGCAGCAAAUUCCACUGUCGAACAGCUCUUACUGUCAGGAAGUUCUUCCUAAUGUUUAGGUGGAAUCUUCUUUCUUGUAGUUUGGAUCCAUUGCUCCGUGUCCGCUUCUCUGGAGCAGCAGAAAACAACCUUUCUCCCUCCUCUAUGUGACAUCCUUUUAUAUAUUGGAACAUGGCUAUCAUAUCACCCCCUCCUCUUCUCCAGGCUAAACAUGCCCAGCUCUCUUAGCCGUUCCUCAUAAGGCAUCGUUUCCAGGCCUUUGACCAUUUUGGUUGCCCUCCUCUGGACACGUUCCAGUUUGUCAGUGUCCUUCUUGAACUGUGGUGCCCAGAACUGGACACAGUACUCCAGGUGAGGUCUGACCAGAGCAGAAUACAGUGGCACUAUUACUUCCCUUGAUCUAGAUACUAUACUCCUAUUGAUGCAGCCCAGAAUUGCAUUGGCUUUUUUAGCUGCCGCAUCACACUGUUGGCUCAUGUCAAGUCUGUGGUCAACCAAGACUCCUAGAUCCUUUUCACAUGUACUGCUCUCAAGCCAGGUGUCACCCAUCUUGUAUCUUGUACUUGGACUCAAUCAGAGACAAAGCCACGUCAAGGCACAGGAGAACCAUGCAGUAUAGCACACACCAGGGUGGUGCAUUAUUAUGUGGUUGGCCCUCUGAUUGCUAAAAUAAGGGCUUGGGAAACAACCUAUUGGGUGCAAAAAUCAAAGGGAUAAAAGUGCUGUCUGGUUUCAAGUCACUGCUGCAAGAUAGGACCAUCCCAUAGUAACCUGACAAGACAAUAUGUCCAAGGGUUAGGUACUCAUGUGACUAGUGACUGCAGAGUGCGGCUGAAGUUAGGUGUGUUGGGUUGGACUAAUCUGGAUCCAGUUUCUAUUGCUAGGUGCUGUCUUCUGCUUCACUGACUGCUUUUUUCCAUGGCUGGCUUUCUCGCCUGAUGGUAUCAUUUUCAGCUUUGGCUUGCAUUUUUGCCUUUUGCUCAAAUGGCUGAUUAUAAUGCUUUGCGAGUACUGUAGUACUGAAGCUACAUUUAUCUCUCUUCCUCCCCCUGCCCCCCAGUUUCCUGACUUGUUUCCUCCUGGGAUUUAAUUGAUCUCUCUUUAUAUAAAUAGUAAAAUUGUGGAUGUGUCCCUUUUCAGGCGAUGUUUUUAAUGGUUUAUUUGCUGUUCCUUAGUUUUUUUCAGAGGUAAGCACAGAAUAAACUGAUUUUACAGGUACUAUCACUUUCUGAAGAUAUCUUAUUUGUUUUGUCUAAGCUCUCAUUGUUUCCCCCUGGACUAAUGUUCUGUUCUGGAUGGCAACCAAUUCUGAGCUGUAGGGAAUUGUCCUAGUAGAAGUGAGCCAUCAGUCACAGAUCUGCAGGGAUUAUAAGGGAACAGAAAUAAGGCACUUGAAUCUGAUGAAGGUUUAUGAUGUUAACCCUCCUACAUAGAUGAAAUACAUAUUGAGCAGGGCUUUUUUCAGCCAGAAAUUGCCGGAAAUCAGUUCCGGUAUCUCUCAGGUGGGAGCCAUUGCCAUUAUAAGAGAACAAGGGAGGUGUUCAUGGUGAGUUCCAACACCUCUUUUCCUAGAAAAAUAGAAAUGAUAUUGAGAAUUAAGGAUUCCUAUGCAUUUCACAUGUCUCCUAAACAUGUUCAGGAUCCUUCCAACAAAAUGACAGCAACAGACCUGUGCUCUUGGAAGUAAGCAUUUUAUAGAGGGAAGAAUAUAAUUUACCUACUCACUCUCCCCCAGUUAGAUUAUUCCAAGAAUAAACAUAAGGUGAUAUGAUACCUGUCGGUUGCCUCUGCAGAACAAUGUAGAUUUAUUCUCACAAUGUGAACUUAUUCACAUGUGUUCUGUUUUGCUUCCCACUCAGCAUUCACUGAUGUUUUCAAUCAGAGGUUAGGUAGGUGGUGACUAGGGAAUAAACUUUCUCUGUGGUGACACAAUGUAUAUCUCUCCAAAUCAUUUAUUUGCCCAGCUAUUUAAUGGCCGUUAUAUAACUUAUUAUUAUUAUUGGUAGUUAUAGUCUGUCUUUCAGGAAGGCCUCCUCUUCUGUUUUCCUAUUUUUACCAAGUGCAUUGUAUGUUGCUUUUGUUGACUUCUAUUGUUUUCAUAUAGCAUUUUGUUGUAUCUGCUUUUGUUGUUGCAUAUUUGUAUUGGUUAGUCUAGAAUGAUGUAAUCUAAAGGGCUCCUUCAUAGCUUUAAUUAUUGAUUGUAAGACUGUACAGUAGUUUGGUCAGGAAAGGGUUAAUGGAAGCAGCAUAACUUCCUGAGGUAACUGAUAGCACUGGCAGGGCGAUCAACUACCCUCUUUUACUAAGGAGGCAUCAUUUAGACACCGGAGCUCAGCUCCCCAUACACCUGCUGCUGAAAGUACCCAGAGGCCCGAUUCUGCGCUCUGCGAGAAUCCAGUACAGUACUAAGGCAUUGUGAAGCCACCGCCCCCCUGAAACCUAAUGAGCAGUUUUAUUUGGCGCUCUGGUGCUGAGAGUCCAAAUGAUGCUCAGCGCCAGCCUGUAAAUAAAACCGUUUAUCGUAAAGACGCCAGAAUCUCAGGUGACCUUAAUUUUAUUUUAAAGAAACCAAACACGAGAUAGGUGCGGGCACGCUUGAAAUCUCUCACCAUUCAGUGAGUGGGGUGCAUACGCCAUUCUUUUCUCUUCGUCGUCCCCCCCCCCCAAGCCAUGUACCCUAGGGAGCUUGGGGAGCAAACCUCACUUAACACAGCAGGACGGCAUUCCCAAGUAAACAUGCCCGGGGCUGCAAUGCACCUGACGAGCUGGCCCGACUGAUCCCUUUCGGACAUUGACCAGCAACCUAUUUUGCAGGACGGCUGUGCGGGAGAGCCAAACAAAGGCUGCCUCUUGAACAGCGUGCAUGCUUCAAAACAUGUUUGCAGGGAGGCGUUUCCAGCACGCCCCGUGCCAGUCAGUCCGCAUGGCGUUAGGCUGUCAGUUCAUUGUUUCGAGGUUUAUCGGCGGUUUAAAAUAAAAGCCGUCAUAAUAGUACUCAGCCCUGCCUCUGUAUGUGUGCGUGUGGUGGGGGGGCUUUUGUGCCGCACGGCGCUCCCCUCCCUCCCUCCCUCCAUGCACACGUACAGUGGGAAAAGCCUGGAUGCAGCAGCGGUAGUUCUGGAACAGAAAAAAGGCCCGGGGGUGGGAGGGAAGAGCCUUUCGCCCCCCACGCCUUCCGCCAACAACCUCGUCCCUUGAUUGACAGCUAUCUUGCGUAUUGUUAUCGCCGGCACGCGCGCGCUCCUCCCUCCCUCCUCCCGCAGCUGCCCAUCAGGACUCCUCGCGCUUUGCUUUGAGGCGCUUUAGCUAGGGAGAGCUCAGACAUGGCGGCGCCCUGUGAGGAGCCGCCAGCUUCCCCCUGCCCUCUGCAGGCUCCCGGCUCCCUGUGAGGAGGAGGAGGAGGAAGAAGAGAACGACGACGACGACGGGGAUUGCGAGGAGUUCCCGCUAGUGGCGCUGGCGUUGAGGGGCCGCGCCCUUUCCGGCCCCCCGCCGCCCGGACUCGCUUUCCGGAGACCGGGUGCAAAAAAGUUGCUGUCUUCCAGCGCUCGAAGCCUCUCUCUCGGGUAAGCGGGGCUGCGGAAUGGUGGGCGGGACGUCUUCUUCCCACUGCAGCCCGGUUGCCCCCUCCUCACCCCUUGCCAUCCCUGUCUGCACCAGGACUGGGGGUGGCGGGGUCGGAUUUUGGUGCCCCAGAGAGCCGCAAACUCUGCCCCUGUCCCUUCGUCUGCGGGCGCUGUAGCAGAACCGGCGCUGCUUGUUAUUCGGCUGCAUCGGGGUCCCAGGCCGGGGUCGCGAGGGGCAUGCGGGCGAGAGCACAACCCUUGUCGUCCUGUGUGGGCCAUUAAUCCAGAUUAAAUCGGAAGGGGUCGCAUUGCUUAUCAGCAUGCAUGGAGAGAGCGGGGAAAUUCCACCGUGUCAGCCCUGCCUGAAGCAUUCGUCAAGGUUUAACAUCCGUAAAGCAGGAGUUGUGUUUUGAAGGGCUGUCAAAACCAGCCGAUUUCCAGUCAGUUCCCGAUGCGCGCCUGUCCGGAAAUGAGCUCCACUAGCACAGUGGGACUUUACUGCUAGGUAGGCAUGCACGCAUUAUCAAGGCCUGCCUUCCCUUCUGGGCAGCCUCCCAGCAGCGGCAUAACUAGCUGCUCGGGGACGGGGGGCGGGGCGAGCCUCUCCUCUGCCUUUCCCUCAAACUCAGUUUGUCAACCCCCCCCAGUGAUGACACCCUGGGCGGCUGCAACCCACACACCCCUUCCUCCCCACUUCCUACCAGGGGCCACAUGUAAGUGGUGGGCAGGGCCAGAGGACAAAGUGGCAAAAGCAACAACUGUUCAGUUUUACCUUUGUAUAGUCGGCUGGUUUCUACACACAUUCAUAAACCUCUCUCUCUAUUCUCCCAGCCAGGCAGGGUGGAGAAUUCAAGGAUGCGUUCCAGCCAGGAAAGAAGGGUAUGGAACAGGGCCAGUGAUGGGGGUCCCCUGGGGAGGGGGUGUGGUGUGGUGAGUGUCCCAAGGGCCAGAUAGAGAUGCUUGGAGGAUGACAUUUGCCCCCUGGGACCGAGGUGCCCCCCCAUACAGGAUUGCAGCAACAGUCUUUCAUUUGCUAAAUGGAUAUUAUUGUUCUAAUCCUAUAUCUGAAGAUUUUCCUUGUUUUGGAAUAUAAUGGAUAUACUUUAUUUCAUAACUCUGCAGCUCCCCAGAAAGAAAUACAUCAGUUCUCUGAUAUCACUUAUUUUUAUUCUCUCUGAGUUAUUCAAAGCUUUGUCUGUGCCCACUGAGAAUUUUUUAUGUGUCACAUUGGGAAAUAUAUAGUUUAACUGAAAUAGCUGGCACUUCACUCACAUCCCUGUUUUUCUAGUUCUUAACCUCAACAUUACAUGCUUGUCUGAGUAGUCAUCUUUUUAGAGUUUCAUGCAGACUUUUAGGAAACUGCAUAGUCAUGCUGAGGUGUAAAUAAAAUCCAAACAAGAUAAUAUAUAUGCAUUUUAUGUAUAUGCUUUAGGACAAGUCAUGCUCUGACACCAUAAUAACCUGUUUUGAUAUGUGCUAAGGAAACCUUUUGAUAAUGGGGACUAUACAAAACUUUAAAAUUUUGCUGCUUUAUUUCCAAGCACUUGUGUACAUUCAUAUGGUGAUGUGUUCAUGACAGUAGAAAAAGUGAGUGGGGAGGAAGCCUUAGUUUUUCUUUUUAUGCCUGUAAAGCCACCUAGUUUGAACUUCAUUGAUUUAAAUCAGUGCUGUGUCAUUUUUUUCUGUGUGGUGGUGGUGGUGGGGCAUUUUCUUGGGAAACAAUGUUCUCCACCCCUGCUGUAAACAGUGCUGUUGAAACUUGGCUGCAAAGUUUGGAAGACAUCAAAGAGGAAUUCUGUCUCGUUGAUCUGUAUUGCUCUGUUUCUCUCAUUUGCCUUUGCUGCCUUCUCUUCAGACACCCUUAACUGGGAGGUGGCAGGCUGCAGACCUAGCUGGAAAUUAUAGCCUUUUGACAUGGAUGUCAUUUCUCAACGCAUGUCUGCUGGUUGCAUAGGCCCAUUGUUAUGGAAUAAGUUAUUAUAAUGAUUACCUAGCAUAUUUUUAGUGUGAGCAUCACACUGCCCAAGGUUCUGAAGCUGUGAAGCCCUGUCUCAAAUUAAACCCUGUGGCUUCUAGGGAAGGCUAUGGUGGUUGCAUCUUAAAAGUUCUGUGAAAUAAACUCAAGGAUGUGCAAGCCCGCCACACAUCCAUCAGGUUUAUUCAUUAGUGCAACACAAGCAGGUGCAAACACAUAGGUACUUCUAGAGGCAGACUCAACCACUUGGCUGAUUAAAUACUUCUCACCUGUGCUGGCAAGCGGUUCACAAACCUUUAAGGGGCAUUACAGCACAAAGGCUACUGCAUUAAAAGGAGGAAAACACACAAAACCAAAGUGAAGUUGGAAAUGCUAAAAUAGAAAAGAAAAGAUUGAGUGAAAAAAAUGAGGUGGGUCUAAGAUUGUUGGGGAAAGGGACCACCAAAGAACUUCUGAAGAAAGUAAAGAGAGGGCAAUGUGGGAAAGUGAUGAUAACAAGGGGGGAGAAUCAUAUGCAGAAAUGAUAUUAGGAUUAAAAGGAAGUAAGUGUUGAGAUGAGAACUGAAUGGGAAAGGAAAAUGAUGGACGUGUCAGUAGAAGUAGCAUAUUUCACAUGAUAAAGGCAAGCAUGUUAGGAAGAAACCUCGGCUAGAACUCAUCUCCCUGACAUUUAGUGAAGGGAAUCUUUUUUGUGUGUGUAAGGAAACGGAUUCAGUCAUAAAGUCUGUAGUCUGAGGUGGUAGAACCCAAACAGGUUUUACCAUCUCGGUUACCCAAAUAUUUACUGUCAUAGAACCCAUAUGUAAAAGUGGUCAGAGGGAUGGUAAAUAUGACUCUCCCCAUCUUUUUUUUGUCCAAUGAACUGCCAUUAUUGGUUUCCUCUCAGUGAGACUCUGAACCAAAAUAAAUCGUGCUGGAGAAAAGCAGCAGAUGUACAGCAGUUUCACUGGGAGGGGGAGUUAGUUUUCCCAACCCACAUAUCCCUGCUUCCAUUCAGUUGCCACUCCACCAUUUCAUAUGGAGUUGGCAGGAUCCAUGUUGGAUCUACCAUUUUCAUAUCUAGUUUGUCUCUCGGUGUCUGAGAAAUCAGCCUUCUUGAUGGGGAUGUUGCUAUUUUGGAUUCUUUUUCACUUACACGAGCAUGCUAAAAGACUCCAUGAUGUCAGAGGCUGUAGAACUACUUGGCUGGAGUUGGCGCAGGCAUAGUUCUGUUGUUGAAUGCGCUCAGAAGAAUCCAGUGCAUUGUAGGUUGCUUCCUUUUUAAUUUGGCAAUUUAUGGACAGCCGAGCCAUUCAAACUACAUAUGACACCAGGGAGCUUACUGCAAACCGUAAAUAUGUGUAAAUCAUGGGUAUAGUUAGGGAUGUUUAAUUUUAAUUAUUAGAGUGGAAAACCGGUUAUUUAAAUCCCUCAUUUCCUAUACAGUCAUCUGUUUCCAAAGCUGGGGUGAGAAACAAAAUAGCAACAUGGUACACUAUAAUCUAGCAAAGUGCCUUGUUUUGUUCUAUUUGUUGAAGCUCUUUGCUUAAUCCAUAAACUGUUAACCAACACUUACUUCGAAAAACUGAAGGCAGCACUGGUAGAAGUCCAGACACAAUUCUGCCUUCAUCAAAAAUAUGGAUAAACUCUGUCUGCUCUAAUGUUUCUAUUUAUUUUAGAAAUUUUAUCUAGAAUGUGAAUAAUAUAUUAAAUAUACAAACAGGUAUCAAUCCUGGAUUAUAUCAGUCAUACAUACUUUGGGUCUUCUGGGUUUGGGAAACUUUUGUGUUUGUCUCAAAACUCAAGAAGAUGAAUCCUGAUAAAAUUCUAACUUUCCUUUGCAUCAGAAUGCCAAAGAGAUAAGUAACUACUCAACUUUUAGAAGACAUCUGAAGGCAGCCCUGUAUAGGGAAGCAUUUUAAUGUUUGAUGUGUUAUUAUGUGUUAUUAUGAGAUAUAUUUCUGAAUGUUAAUUAACUCAGGGUCAAUUGUGUUGAAGAAAACUUGACAAAAUGCCUAGUGGAUUCUAAAUGCUUUUCAAAUGAUGCUAGUGAGUUCGAAAGAGGCAUUGUGAAUACAAAAUAACUAGGAUUUUUUUCUACACACAGCAUACAGUAUAAUGAAAAUAGCAGUGUGACUGCAGGAAAAUGUCAUAUGGGAAGGAUACUGCUGUGACAGUCUGCCUUUAAAUUCCUGUGAUCAGUCACAAGCCUAUUUAUGUAUAAAUUGUAUCUAAACAAGUAGGGCCUCCUUCCAUGUAAGAGAUUUGGGAGGCUUGGGAUGCCAGAUUCCUGUGCUUAUUUGCAAAUCUGCCCUUUGUUACUGGCGUUUUGUAUUUGCCGCUUUGGAACCUAACUCUGUUGUGGUGGCUUUCUUACAGACCUCUUGCUUCUGUUUGACUUUGCAGAACUUGA